CCCCAGAAUUUAACACUUUUUGAAGAUAGACUCUACAAGAUGUUACGUUUUUCAUCUAGAUCAGCAUCCGUCGCUAAGGGUAACCUUAGAACCUUUUCAACUACAGCAUCAUUGCUCAAAGCCACCAGGAUCGAAUCCGAUGCAUUUGGUGAAAUCGAAGUUGAUGCUUCCAAAUACUAUGGUGCUCAAACUGCCAGAUCUAAGCAUAACUUUAAGAUUGGUGGUCCAGCAGCCCGUAUGCCUAUUCCUAUAGUCAGAUCAUUUGGUAUUUUAAAAAAAGCAGCUGCAAUUGUUAACGAAAGCGUGGGUGCUUUAGAUCCAAAAAUAUCUACUGCUAUCCAACAAGCUGCCACUGAAGUCUCAGAAGGUAAGUUAGAUGAUCAUUUCCCAUUAGUCAUCUUUCAAACUGGUUCAGGUACUCAAUCAAAUAUGAAUGCUAAUGAAGUUAUCUCUAACAGAGCCAUUGAAAUCUUAGGUGGUGAAUUAGGUUCUAAAAAGCCUGUUCAUCCAAAUGAUCAUUGUAAUAUGUCACAAUCUUCCAACGAUACUUUCCCAACCGUUAUGCAUAUUGCUGCUGUUACUGAAAUCAGUGGUUCAUUGAUUCCAGAGCUCACUAAGUUACGUGAUUCAUUACAAGCUAAAUCUGAUGAAUUUAAAGAUAUUAUCAAGAUCGGUAGAACACAUUUACAAGAUGCUACUCCUCUUACUUUGGGUCAAGAAUUCUCUGGUUAUGUACAACAAUUAACCAAUGGUAUUGAAAGAGUUGAAAAGUCAUUACCAAACUUAUUAUUUUUGGCUCAAGGUGGUACUGCUGUUGGUACUGGUUUAAAUACUAGAAAGGGUUUUGAUGUCAAAAUUGCUGAACAAGUUUCAGCCUUAACUGGAUUGCCAUUUAAGACUGCUCCAAAUAAGUUUGAAGCUUUAGCUGCUCAUGACGCCAUUGUUGAAGCAUCAGGGGCCUUAAAUACCGUUGCUGUGUCUUUAUUUAAGAUUGCUAACGACAUCAGAUAUUUGGGUUCCGGUCCAAGAUGUGGUUACGGUGAAUUAUCUUUACCUGAAAACGAACCUGGUUCUUCUAUUAUGCCUGGUAAGGUUAAUCCUACCCAAAAUGAAGCAUUGACCAUGGUGGCUACUCAAGUUUUUGGUAAUCAUUCAGCAAUUACCUUUGCUGGUGCCUCUGGUCAAUUUGAAUUGAACGUUUUCAAACCAGUUAUGAUUGCUAACUUGUUAUCGUCUAUUAGAUUAAUUGCCGAUGGUUCUGCAUCUUUCAGAGUUCAUUGUGUUGAUGGUAUCCAAGCUAAUGUAGAAAAAAUCGAAAAAACCUUACAUGAAUCUUUGAUGUUGGUCACUGCUUUAAAUCCAAAGAUUGGUUACGAUGCCGCUUCUAAAACAGCAAAGAACGCUCAUAAGAAAGGAUUAACCUUGAAAGAAUCUGCACUUGAAUUAGGUGUCCUUUCUGAAGCUGAAUUCGAUGAAUGGGUUCGCCCAGAAAAAAUGAUUGGUCCAAAGGAUUAAGUGUUUAGUCUAGUUAAAUAAUUAGAAAAUAUUUAUUAAAGUAGACUCAAUAAACGUAUACUCAUCUAAUUGUGUGCUCAGAA